UUCACUCAUAAAGUCAUACUCAUAUACACACUCUCACACAAAGUUCAGAUCUAAAUGACUUCAGUCUCACACAUCAGUUCAUAUCUGUGUGUGUGUUUCCAGGUCUGGCUCUGAUGUAUAUUAUGGAGAACAGCUUCAAAGCUGAAUCUGGAUCCAGACCUGAUGUUCCUAAGAUUGUGAUUCUGAUCACGGAUGGGAAAUCACAGGACGAUGUUCUUUCUCCUGCUCAGAGACUCAGAGAUGCUGGGAUCGAGAUGUUUGCUAUCGGAGUAAAAGAUGCAGAUGAGAACGAGCUGAUAGCCAUCUCGUCCCCACCGGAGGAGACACACGUGUAUUACGUGCCUGACUUCAGCUUGAUGUUAGACAUCGUGGAGGAACUCAGCAGGAGCGUCUGCGAGAGCGUCUCUGAACUCAACAGAGAGAUCAGCGUGAACAUUCAUACAUGUGAAACUCCAGCCAUCGCUGAUAUUGUGAUUCUGGUGGACGGAUCAUGGAGCAUCAGCCGUUUUAGCUUCAAAACUGUGAGGAGCUUUCUGGGAUUGUUUGUCAAGGCCUUCGCUGUUGGAUCAGACCAAACACGCAUUGGUUUGGUGCUGUACAGCAAGGAUUCAUGGAUCGAGUGGAAUCUGAACACUCACAGCACUAAACAGGCAGUGAUCCACGCUGUGAAGAAUCUGCCUUAUAAAGGAGGACAAACACUCACAGGUCUGGCUCUGACAUAUAUUCUGGAGAACAGCUUCAAAGCUGAAUCUGGAUCCAGACCUGAUGUUCCUAAGAUUGUGAUUCUGAUCACGGAUGGGGAAUCACGGGACGAUGUUCUUUCUCCUGCUCAGAGACUCAGAGAUGCUGGGAUCGAGCUGUUUGCUAUCGGAGUGUUGAAUGCAGAUAAGAAGAAGCUGAGAGCCAUCGCCUCCCCACCGGAGGAGACACACGUGUAUUACGUGCCUGACUUCAGCUUGAUGUUAGACAUCAUGGAGAAACUCAGCAGGAGCGUCUGCGAGCGCGUCUCUGAACUCAACAGAGAGAUCAGCGGUGCGUUUCUGAGAUCUCUGUUAUUUAAAGAGCAGGAUCAGGAGGUUUCUUCAGGAGAUGGAGGUUAA